CAAAAUUUUUAACUUUCUUUAUUCUUUCUCUUUGCCUUUUUCUCCUUCUUUCAUUUUCAAAAUAUUUUGUUAAUACAUUCUUCCAAAAUUUCAAGGUUUUCUACAGAUUUUUGUUCAUGGAGCUCAUUCGUGGGUUGUUAAUCCUCAUUUGCUUUGCGUUGGCUCUUCUCUUUCAAUGUUCGAGCAAUGUAGAAGGAAGAUAUCACCACCACAAAAAACAAAAGGACAAAAGCUCCCCUGUUUCACCUUCCCCUGUUUCUCACCCUGCUCCUGCUCGUCAGAAACCCGUCCCUUCGUCGCCAUCAAAUCCUAAAGACAGCAUAUUUGACGUGCGAAAAUUCGGAGCAGUCGGCGACGGUUCUGCCGAUGACACUGCCGCAUUCAGGGCAGCAUGGAAAGCAGCUUGUGCUGUAGAGUCCGGGGUUGUUCUCGCUUCUUCUGAUUAUUCUUUCAAAAUCACUUCAACAAUAUUCUCAGGACCAUGCAAGCCAGGACUUGUAUUUCAGUUGGAUGGGGUUCUAAUGCCGCCAGAUGGACCUGGUACUUGGCCAAAAGCAGAUAGCCAUAGUCAAUGGCUUGUUUUUUACAGACUUGAUGAUAUGACUUUCACAGGGCAAGGAACCAUUGAAGGAAAUGGACAGAAAUGGUGGGAUCUUCCUUGCAAACCUCACAGGGGUCCCAACGGAUCAACUGCGAAAGGAUCAUGUGACAGCCCUGCAUUGAUUCGGUUCUUCAUGAGCUCAAAUUUGGUUGUGAGUGGCUUAAAAAUCCAAAACAGCCCUCAGUUCCAUAUGAAAUUCGAUGGAUGUGAAGGUGUUCUGAUAGAAAAGAUAUCCAUUUCUUCCCCUAAACUUAGCCCCAAUACAGACGGAAUUCACUUAGGGAACACAAAAUCUGUUGGCAUUUACAAUUCCAUGAUAACCAAUGGUGAUGAUUGCAUAUCAAUUGGACCCGGAUGUGCUAAUGUGGACAUUGAAGGUGUCACUUGCGGGCCUAGUCACGGGAUCAGCAUUGGGAGCCUAGGAGUGCACAAUUCAGAAGCAUGUGUUUCAAACAUAACUGUGCGCAAUGCAAACAUAAGAGAGUCGGACAAUGGGCUGAGGAUCAAGACAUGGCAAGGCGGGUCAGGCUCCGUAUCGGGAAUCUCAUUUGAAAACAUCCAAAUGGAGAACGUUAGAAACUGCAUAAACAUAGACCAAUACUACUGCUUAUCAAAAGAAUGCCGAAACCAAACCUCAGCUGUGUAUGUCACAGGCGUCACAUACAGAAACAUAAAGGGAACUUACGAUGUUCGCACCACGCCAAUCCACUUUGCCUGCAGUGACACUGUGGCCUGCACAGAUAUAUUAAUGGCUGAUGUUGAGCUUCUACCAUACGAGGGACAACUACUGGAUGAUCCCUUUUGCUGGAACGCUUAUGGAACUCAAGAAACUUUGACUAUUCCUCCCAUUAAUUGCUUGCAUGAUGGGCAACCUCAGAAGGCGGUCGAAGCCUCUGCGUACGACUGCAAUAGUUAAUUGAUGAAUAGCUUUACUUCUAUAAGUUCUACUAAAAAUAUUUGGAUUUACAUAGACUACAUAUUAUUGUAUAAGUUACAAGACCUUGUAUCUUUUAGGGGUCUUGAUUAUUAUUUGCUUAGGCUUCAUCCCUUUCAGGGUAUUUUUUUCCCAAAUACCCUCAUUGCGUGAUGACAAGUAGUGCGAAUGGGCCAAGGUUUAUUGGCCUUGUAUUGUAAUAGAUUGGAUUUCAUAUAUGGUAACAGAGGAUGC